AUGGUUGUUGUAUAUAGCAAAUUUGAAUUGAUUGUACCGAAAAUAGAAAUAGAAGAGCUUGUACGGAAAUAUCCUCAGUUAGAAAAGAAUGUUAUUCAGAAUAAAGUUGUCGGUGAAGAUUUGAAUGAUAGAGAAAGUGAUAACAGUAGAAGAAAGAGCAAAAAGAGGAAGAUACAGUAUGACUUUUCUACGAUAGAUGGCCAGUACGACAUUACUGAGAUUAGUGUACGUGAAUACUUUGGCGUACCAAACUAUAGUUUAGAUAGAACCAAGCUAUGUCCACGUAUUCCUAACAGGAUGGAAUAUUUACGGAUAGUAGAAGAGUGUUUAAUGGAAGCUGAAGAGGUCAGAACCGAGUUUGAAAAUGGCUGCGAAAUAAAAGGAGACGAAGAGAAAUGUGGAGAAAAUACAAAAUCAGGAAAAGAAAGGUGGAUCGUUGAUGUUGGCACUGGCUCCUCUAUGGUAUAUCCCAUUAUAGGGAUUGGUAUGAACGACAAUAACCGAUUUAUAGCCACAGAGAUAAAUCCUUCUUCAUUUUCGCAUUGUCGUACUAUUCUUGAAGACGAUGAGCGAAUGAAAUCCAGAAUUAUAUUACAGAGGAUAGAAAGCCAGACGGAAAAGUUACUUCCUUUGGAGUUGCACCCAAAUGUUCACAUCAGAUAUACUGUUUGUAACCCCCCAUUUUACGAGAGCAAGAAGCAGUUGGAGAGCAAAGAAGAGUUGAAAGCCAGGGGCAAGCCCAAUGCCCUCGUCAGCGACGACUCCGAGAUGUACUACCAUAAAGGGGGAGAAGUGGGGUUUGUCAUGCGCAUCAUCGAUGAGAGUGUUGAAACCAGCAGGAUCCCACAGUAUCAACAUUGUUGGUAUACUGCCCAAAUAGGAAUCCACGACCAUGUGAGAGAGCUCGAGAGCUAUUUGAAGGAGAAGAGUAUUCCGAAGGUGUUCCAAACUGCAAUUGACUUUUUCACCAAGAGAUGGGUGCUAGCGUGGAACUUUGAUGAGGAUCUGAGACUGCCGCUAAGCUACAUUCGGCCAAGACAGGGGUGGCCCAAUUCCUACCCCAGAAGAGAUGACCUGCUAGCAGAGGGGCUCGACCGGGAAUUGGCGCUAGUCAGGGUCGAAUUUCCUCAGUUUCAGUACCAGGUGGUGAAGAUACGGGGAAGUAGCAAUGAGAACAAGUUGUAUGUGGCUUGCAAUGAGGCUGUAUGGAUAAGACGGGUGCGUCGGUUGUUAAUCAAUUCGGAGGCGCGAUCUGGUAGUUCCGAGGGAGACGUUGCGAGUGCCGGGGCGACCACAAAAACGGAUAACACGAUUAAGAAAAAUUCCGCAAAAGCGCCAAUCUUCAACAAGAGUGUGGUAGUACGGAUUAUCCUAAAGUACGAGAAUGAGCUCAAUGUGGAGGUGGCUUUCCACGAGGGCUACGAUAGCGCGGAGACCGUGGCAAAUAGCAUGAGGUCUCUUGCCGGCCGGUUAUUGUGUUCCAGCUAAGCAGCACACUUGCAUUUCACACUUGCAGGACCGCGGAAUAUACGGCUGAUAGGUGCUUACGGCACAAUUAAUAAUGUUUAAUCACUCUCUCGAAAGGGUCGUGACAACUCGCUGGCCCGCAGAGUAUAGGUGAGAGGUGACAGGGCAACAAUGCAGACGUUUUUACGAUAUAAAUAGCAGAGAAAUUCUUUCACUCACAGCUCCACUGGUUGAUUUGUACUUGAUACAAAUAUAGCAUUGCAAAAUUCCUAUACUCUCACAGUUUUCUUUAGCUACCCUGAAUUACUAAAUACCGUAGUU